AUGGAAAAGGCCAUGAUGCAUUUAUUAGUUUUACUACCCUUUUCAACAACUUGUAUGAACCUCAUCAUCACCCAAAAGCAGGGGAAGUUCCCCCCACCUGUCCCCAGUAACAGGGAUGGUAUGAAGGGGACACCUUGGAUUCUCUGUAUCUGCCCAUUUUGUGCAAACACUUAUGUUGGUGUUCCCUCGCGCGCCAGUGUCUGGCGGCGGGGAGCGGCGCGCGCGCUCGACGACGCGUUGGCGUGGCGCGGCGCCGGCGCCACGCCAGACGAGGUCCCUCCACCUCGUCUUCGCCUCCUCUCCCGUCCUGAGACGACGUCGACGUCACGGACGACAUCGUCGUCGCCGCCCUCGCCUCGCCCUCGCCCUCGCCGUCCUCGUCAGUCGCCCGCGAUCCUGCGUAACGCGCUCGCGCGCGCGCGGAGCGCGGCGUACUCGCCCAGGCUCCAGUUCAAGGCCUCGAGCUCUGCUUCGGCGUCGCCUCGAUCGGGCCCGUCGUCGUCGUCGUCGUUCGUCUUCUCGUCCUCGCGGCGGCGGCGCUGGGUCGGGGCAUAACCGCGCCGCUCCGCCGACGCGCGAGGAGCGCCCGUGUCGAACUCGCUCAUGGCGGCGAUCAAGCGGUCGCAGGCGAACAGCGGGCGCAACCCCGGACACGUUCCACCCGGUCUACCAGCGCAAGCAAGCGCGGCGGCGGCGGCUGCGGCGGCGUCGAGCUCGACGUUCUCCGGGGUGAAGGUGGAGCUGCAGCAGCUGGUGCUCGCGAUCCUCGACGACCCCGUGGUGAGCCGCGUGUUCGGGGAGGCCGGGUUCCGGAGCUGCGACAUCAAGCUCGCGAUCCUCCGCCCCCCGCCGCCGAUCCUCCGCUUCCCCCGCGCCGCGCGGUGCCCGCCGCUCUUCCUCUGCAACUUCGCCGCCGGGGACGACUUCGAGGCCCGCGGCUUCGCCUUCCCCUUCGCUCCGCCCCUCCCCCACCCCGGAUCCGACUCCUCCUCCCCCGCCGCCGCCGCCGCCGCCGCCGCCGCCCCCGCCGCCGAGAACUUCCGCCGCAUCGGCGACGUCCUCGCUCGCCGCGGCGGCGGCGGCGGCGGAGGCCGCAAUCCCCUGCUCGUCGGCGUCGGAGCGGCGGAGGCGGCCAAGGACUUCGCCCGCGCCGUGGAGCGCCAGGACUGGGCGGCGCUUCCCCCCGAGCUCCGCGGGCUGAAGCUCCUCGACCUCGAAUCCGACCCCCCCGAUCGGCUCGAGGAGGCGGCGCGGGGCGCGGCGGAGCCCGGGUUGGUGGUGAGCGUGGGCGACCUCAAGGGAAUGGUCGGCGACGAAGGCGAUGGAGGAGAGGAUAAGGGGAGCCUCGUGGUUUCGGAGCUCACUAGGGUUUUGGAGCUCUACAGGGGGAGGUUGUGGGUGGUGGGGUGGUCGGCGACCUACGAAACCUACCUCAAAUUCCUAUCCAAGUAUCCAUUAGUGGACAAGGAUUGGGAGCUGCAGCUGUUGCCCAUCACCUCUGUUAGGGCUAGCAACAUGGGCGGAUCCUUCUCCAAGCCACCCAGCUUGAUGGAUUCGUUUGUUCCGUUUGGGGGAUUUUUCCCUUCAACAUGUGAAUCAAAGGGCCUGCCGAGGACUCAGCACUCGUCGGUGCUCCGGUGCCAAAAGUGUCACGACUGUUAUGAGCAAGAAGUCACGGCUAUUCUUAAGGAGUAUUCAUCGGCUUUUGAAGAUCAAGACCAGCCAAAUUUACCUUCCUCCUGGCUUCACAAACCUAAUAUGGUCAACAUUAAUGAUGGAUCAGAUGUGGCGAAGGCUAAGGAUGACAAAUCAGUGUUGAACUCCAAAAUCACAGAUUUGCAGAAGAAGUGGAAUGACUACUGCCACCGUGUCCAUCGAGUUUCCCAUAGGCUUGAUGCUGACAACCAUCAAUUCUUUCCACAAUUUGUCGGCGUUACUUUUAUUUCUGAUAGGGAAAGUACCAUUAACCAAAAUGGCAGUAUCACCGCAAGUCCAAGCCAAAGAGACAGUGCCAGCUCAUUACCUUUUGUUCCAGAACCGAGAAAUAAGGAUUUCCUAUCCAAACUUCAUGAGAAAAUCUCAAAAAGCGAACAGCUCGAUUCACCGUCAUCUAUAACAUCGGUAGCAACAGAUUUGGUAUUGGCCACUCCAAAAGAACCUCCUUCCAACGAGGAAGAACAUUCAAAGGAGAAAUCCGGGUUUCUUCAAUCAAAGAAGGCUAGCGAGCUCCUACAGCCUUCAAAUUGUUCUAAUGGUGCUUCUUCCUUUGACCAACAUUGUCGAGCUUCAUCUAUUGUUCAAAAGUUUGAUUUAAGCAAUUACAAGUCACUUUGUGCUGAUCUCUUGGAAAAGGUGGGUCGACAAGAGGAAGCAAUUAGUGCUAUUAGUCGGGCUAUAGUACAAUGGAGAACCAGUGAGAGGCGUCGAGGUGCGAGUGUAAAAGGAGGCAUUUGGCUCAGUUUUCAUGGCCCAGAUAGGGUCGGUAAAAGAAGGGUCGCGAUGGCCCUUGCAGAGUUGGUCUAUGGAAGUAAAGAAAACUUCAUCCCCAUUGAUCUAAGUCGCCUGGAUGGCAUCAAUCGUAGCGACAUAAGUUUGAGAGGGAAGACAAGUGUUGAUCUUAUAGCAGGGGAGAUAAGCAAAAAGCCUUCAUCUGUAAUUUUUUUGGACAGUGUAGAGAAAGCAGACUUCCCGCUUCAGAGCAGCUUAUCCCAAGCUAUCCGAACCGGGAAGUUUCCCGAUUCCUAUGGGCGAGAGUUUAGUACCAAUAAUGCCAUCUUCGUGCUUACUACGAAAAACAUAUAUGGUAAAUCCUUCUCCCCAGGGAUCGAUUGUUGUAAUUUCUCAGAGGAAAGGGUUGUGGCAGCACGGGGAUUGCAGAUGAAGACUUCGGUAGAAUCCGUCCCGGCUAAUGUUAGUGGUAAUAACCUAAAUGGCAAAGUGUUGAUUUCUCCGAGUAAACACGGUAAGAAGCAUGCUUCUUUAAGCUCCGUCUUUGUUAGUAAACGAAAGCUGGAUUUUUCCAGUGACCGAGAGAAAGAGUUUGAUUCCUUGGGGACCGCGAAAAGGGCAAACAGAGCAUCGAAUGCGUUCUUAGACUUGAAUCAUCCUGCCGAAGAGAUCGACUUGAAUGAGACAAGCAGUACCAGCAGCCAUGAGAAUGACUCUUUAUCGGAUGAUUCUGAGAAUUGGGUCGAGAACUUAUUCUCUUCGGUGGAUGAGGCUGUGAACUUUGCGGCUUUCGACUUCGAUGCCCUCGCCGAUGCUAUCAUAAAGGACAUUACUAAGUGCUUUUGUCAAACCAUGGGGUCUAAUUGUAUGUUGGAGAUUGAAGCAAAGGCGAUGGAUCAAAUACUUGCUACAGCAUGGGUGAUGGAAGAUAGAGGAGGUAUAAAUACGUGGUUGGAACAAGUAUUAAGUAGGAGUUUUGUUGAGUUAAAGCCAAGGUAUAAUCUUUCUGGUCCCACUCUUCUUAGACUCAUUACUUGUGAGGACACUUUAAGGGAGGAGUAUGUACCAGGAGGUCUCCUUCCUUCUAGAAUAAUCCUGAACUGACAAUUUAGAGUUUGUUGUAAUUAUGUGUACAAUGUAGAAUUAGUAUUUCUUGUGUGAAAUAAGUGUUAGUCCUGUUAAUCCAAUUAUUUUAUGUUGGGCUUUGGUUACCAGGUUAGUGUGCAUAUUGGACUUGGCCUUUAUCAUCAUAUGGUUUUUGCUU